GCUUCCAUCUCGUGGUCUGCUGUAGACUAUACGCAAGGAACGAGCAAACGCGUUUGGAAUGAAAACAUGUUCCUUUCCCUUUCCAAAAUGUUCCAACAAUGGCAGUCUUAGCUCCAGCGCUGGACCUUUCGCAACUAUCACUCUUCUGUUAGCCUCGCUUCGGUCAAACAGUAAUCUCCUGUUCUAUACGGUUUACCAUUUGUUUCGGUAAAUAUAAAGACAUUUUACGCCACCAUCGAGCGCCAAUCCGAUGGCACUGAUGUCCAAUAAAAUGCCAUGGCAUACGGCCGUCUACCUGAUAGGAUUAUUCACUUCAAUGAACACCGUAAGCUGCUCGGGCCGUGGAGAACAACAAUUUCGUUCUCAAGUCCUUUGGCAUUCUUUGGUGGUACAAAAUACGACGACAGUGGAUGAACCUAAACACUUCGAUGCAAACAAAACUCCUUUUCAACCGAAUUACGACUAUGUCGCAGCCUAUCGAUUCUUUGCAAUCGAUUGAAACAGAGACAUUCCCGGAUGACUUGACUAGAUUUACAAUGGAUUUCACGACACCCGCAUCAAGCAAAUCAGUAGUAAAGACGGUUUUGCCAAAUAUGAAGACGGGAACAGACGCUUCGAGAAAGUCGCACAUUCUUUUCAACGCCUACACGGAGCAGUCUAUCGGGCGCAAUUCCAAUGUGACCUACACCAAAACAACGGCUACUGAUGGCCAUCACCCGGUGAACGGGACAAGCGGCAUUUACACAGCCAAGACGCCAGGAUUUUAUGGUUUUAUCUUUCACGCGUUAACCACCGACUCGAAAAAUGUGUUGCCCAUGGCUGAAUUGCAAGUGAACGGCGUCGCAGUAGCCACAGCUGCCGCGUUCAAUGGUGGCACUUAUAAGACUCUUACGUUGAUUGCUGGAGCGAAACUAAAACAGGACGAUUGCGUCUCGAUUUUCGUAGUCGGUGGGCCGUUAUUCGAGAACGUCAAUAAACAUAGCAAACAUCGUGCGUCGUUCGCGGGAACACUCAUGAUUUAGGCUUAUUGGCAAAUAGAAUAUCAUAUCAUGUUGGAACAGUCGUUGUAUUUUCCAUCAAACUGCUGACAAUAUAUAAUAGUUAAGAGA